AAACACACGCACCCACUGAUCCCCUCCCCCACACACAAAACUCAAGCCAGUUCGAAGUUCGAACCUAACAAAUCAAAUGGUCAAGGAGAGAUAAAAGGAAAGCAAAUCAGCGCGAAACAACAGAUUGAUAAUUUUUUGUGGAGCAUAAUUCUCGAAUUUCAGCUUCAAGCUUAGUUCGGAGGGCCAUGGCUUCUCUGUUCAAGGAUCCAACAAAGCUUUCAGCAUAUAGGGAUAGAAGGUUUUCUGGAUCACAAGAAGACUUUGAACGUGCACUCCUGGCAUCAAUAACUGUCUAUGUGGGGAAUAUGUCCUUUUAUACAACAGAAGAGCAAGUUUAUGAGCUUUUCUCCCGAGCUGGAGAAAUUAAGAAGAUAAUUAUGGGCUUGGAUAAGAACACAAAAACACCUUGCGGCUUUUGUUUUGUCUUAUUCUACUCUCGAGAAGAUGCUGAGGAUGCUGUCAAAUAUAUAAGCGGCACUAUUCUCGAUGAUCGCCCUAUUCGUGUUGAUUUUGACUGGGGAUUCCAGGAAGGAAGGCAAUGGGGCCGUGGGCGAAGUGGUGGGCAGGUGCGUGAUGAAUAUCGUACUGAUUACGAUCCUGGUAGAGGAGGUUAUGGGAAGUUAGUACAGAGAGAGCUGGAAGCACAAAGGCAGCUUGUAGAUUAUGGUGCUGGUUCCUUGGGCUCUUUCCCACCAGUUAUGCCACCUCAGUAUGGUAGACAUGGUGGAAGCCAUGGUCAUGGGGGAUCUUAUCGUAGAGAUUACCAUAGGAAGCGACACCGAGAUGAUGACCGCCAUGGGCAUGAGACCUCAAAGAGAAUCUCAGAUCAUGAAUCCAGGAGAAGUUCUGAUCAUGACUCGAGACCGGAAAAGAAUCCCCGAUUCCGAGAGAGUGGUGACUCUGAUGAUGACGAGGAAGAUGAUCGGAAGCGACGAGCCUAGUAACAUUUGUGUUACUGUAUUUUGAUCUAUAUGGUGACUUUUUGUUGGCAUUUCUGUUCUGUGGUUCGAUAAGAAAACAUGUUUCCGAAUUUAGUAAUGUUUCAAUGUGAUAGUGCAACAACUGGAAAACAGCAGAUUUUGCUUUUUAUUUGAAGCAUUUUCACUGCUAUGUUCAGUUUCUGAAUUUGAGGGUGGUUUUCUACAUGGAAAAAAUGAACUGGAGAUGUGAAAAUAGUACGUUAAGAAAAUGCAGCCGUCAGCACAUUCACUUCAA